AUGAUUGGGCGGGCAUUGCAUGGGCAAGUCGCCACGGGACCUAUGGUCCUCUUUCUACGGACAUAUGCGACACCAGGAAGGCCAAAAAGCGUGGUCGGCGAACCGUCGAAACCUGUGAAACGAGCAGUGAAAAAGGCCGCAUCAAAACCACCCACCGGAGACAGCGCAGCAGAGAAAGUGGUCGAGGCCAACAAGCGCAACGCCGCCAAGAAGACUACAAAGGCAAAGAAGAAGGAGUUGACGCCGGCGCAAAAGGAGCGUGCCGAGCAGCGCAAGUUGCAAAAGCAGGAGCGCCUGGCGAAAGACAAGGAGAAGGAGAAAGCUCGAAAAGCCAAGCUGAAGGCGACGACUAAGGCCAGCGCUGAGAAAGAAGAGAUCAAGGAGCUCAAGAAGGCUGCACUGCAGCCUCCGCAUGUCAAGAACGGCUCUUCUUACCUGAUUUUCAACGCAGAGAGAAUGAAGGAACAUAAUCUGUCAUCGGGCACCAUCCAAGACCGCAGGGAGGCUCUCGGAAAGGCUGCGCGAGAUAGCAGUGCUCAAUGGAAGAGCUUGUCCCCAGCGGAGCGUGAGCAUUACAACCAUCUGGCCAACAGCCGGAUGCAAGAGUCUCAAGCCGACUACAAGAAGUGGGUCGAAUCGCUCUCUGCCGAUGAGAUUCAGCAAGCAAACAACGCCCGAAGCACGUUGCGUCGCAAGCUCGAGAAGGCUCGACCCAAGGGCAAGCGGAGUAAAUGGGCGCCUAUCCACGACGAACGUGCGGUGAAGCGGCCGGUCAACUCGUACGCGCAGUUUGCUUUGAACCGUAACGCCAGCGGCGACUUCAAGGGUAUCACCCUCACAGAGCGCUCCAAGCUGAUCGCGCAAGAGUGGAAGGCCCUCAGUGACCAGGAGAAAUCGAAAUACCAACGUCUUGGAACACAAGAAGCUGAGCGCUACGCCACGGAAUACAAGGAUGUCUACAGCCAUGAGCAACCCCAAGCUGUGGCCGCGGCGGCUUAG